AUGUCCUCUGCCAUGCUGAUGGACGCCUACCGCGACGAACGCCCCGGGAUUCGCAUGGCCUACAGGACGGACGGCCAUCUCCUGAAUCAACGACGGAUGCACUUCCAAUCGCGCGUAUCUUCAACCACCGUGCACGAACUCCUCUUCGCCGACGACUACGAGAACUUUGGACUGGUUAUCAACACGCAGAAGACGGUGGUGAUGCAUCAACCGCCACCCAACUCAGCCACAACCCCAAACGCGCCGCAAAUCAACGUGAAUGGGACUCAACUGCAAGUGGUGGAGAACGUCCCGUACCUGGGCUGUACCCUCUCCCACAACACCAAGAUCGACGACGAAGUGGCCAACAGGAUCUCGAAAGCCAGUCAAGCCUUCGGUCCUCUCUAA